AUGAACGAAAGUCGCAUUUUGAUCUUAUACUGUGGUGGAACGUUGGGAAUGGUAAGGCAUCCCUCACAAGGAUACGUCCCUUAUCCUGGUUUCUUGACCGAAACAUUACGCUCUCAAAGUCGAUUUCACGAUCCAGAAGGAAAUUCAAUCUUUAGCUGGAGUGAUACAACAGAACGUUAUCAAAAACUGGAAAUGAUCUUACCAACGAUGAUAACUCCAAUGGCAGAAAAAAAGAGGAUACGAUUCGCUGUUUUGGAAUAUGACCCUUUGUUGGAUUCUAGCAAUAUAGAAACAAAGGAUUGGUUACGUUUGGCUGCUGAUAUUGAUUUGAACUAUCAAUCUUUUGAUGCUUUCGUCAUCUUGCAUGGAACCGAUACGAUGAGUUAUACAAGUUCAGCUUUGAGUAUGUUGCUUGAGAAUCUUGGAAAACCAGUCGUGGUUACAGGAGCUCAAGUACCACUGUCAGAAUUACGCAAUGAUGCAAUUGAGAACAUUUUGGGUGCAUUGAUCUUGGCUGCUUCACAUCCUAUACCUGAAGUUACAUUAUUCUUUUCCUCAACCUUGUAUCGUGGCAAUCGUGUUUCCAAAUUAUCAAAUUCAACUUUGGAUGCUUUUGAUUCACCAAAUUUAGCACCUCUUGCAACGGCAGGAAUAUCUAUUCAAGUAAAUCGUCAAUUGGUGCUCAAACCGCGAGAACUACAAAAGUUCAGAGUACAUGAUCGUAUGUCUCAACAAGUAGUUCUCUUGCGCCUUUUCCCCGGUUUACAAGUCGAAACGAUUGCCAACUUUUUCGCUUCGCCUAUUCAAGGUGUAAUUUUGCACAGCUUCGGGGCAGGAAAUGCACCGAACAAACCUGAACUUUUGGAAAUCUUCAGAAAAGCAACAUUUGAACGGGAUAUCGUCAUCGUGAAUAUAAGUCAAUGCAUUCGUGGAGAAGUGAGCGCAAUUUAUCAAGUUGGAAAACAAUUACAAUCCGUUGGCGUUGUGGCAGGAGGAGAUAUGACACCCGAAUGUGCAUUGACAAAGCUAAGUUAUCUUCUUGCAAAACCUGAGCUAACCAGAGAUCAAAUUCGUACUCUUAUGGGCAAAAGCUUACGGGGUGAAUUGACGGAAAGACAUAAAGAUUUGACCGAUGAGAAUGAUGCAGGAAGAAGCUUAACACCUGGAGCAGCAAGUUCAGAAGGUGGACAAGUUAGAAGGCUGUUCCAAUACAUCCUCACACAACAAGGUGAAGCAAGUAUUAGUGUGGAUGAAGACAUUGAUGAUCUUGCAAUCGCAGCAGAACGCUCUUUCUUACCUUUUUUGAUCCAACAAGCAUGUUUGCGUGGUGAUAAUCAAGCAUUGGAACGUCAUCUUAACCGACAACAUCAAUUAGACGCUUUCCCUCUUCUAAUCUCGAACGCGCCCGAUGGAUCAUCCAACACAAACACGAAUUCAACCGCAACUCACUCCUCAAGCUUACCAACGUUCUCUCUUCAUAUCGCUGCUGCAUUGGGACAUACAGAUCAAGUUCGUCAACUGUUAGAAGCAGGUCAUUUGGUUCACGCUCGUGAUUAUACAGGUCAUACGCCUCUAUUCUUAGCAUUACAGAACGGUCAUCAAUCAACGGUUGAAAUUCUUAAAUUAGCUGGUGCCCAUCUUGCAAGUCAUGAGAAAGACACAACAGAAUGA